AUGUCAUCUACUCGAGUUGUCAGUACCUCCGAGGUCAUGUCGCCAUAUGAAGAACGCCGAGCAGAAAGUGAUGAAUGGGCGACACUGAAGUCCGGCGCAGCCGAAGUCCCGAAGGAGGACGUCGCUGGCUUAGAUUCUUCCCACAGCGACUCUUCAUCGAAGGAGGAGGCCAAGACGAAGCCUUUGUGCGAUCACUUCAAACGAGGGAAGUGUCGAUUGGAGAACUCAUGCAGGUUCGCACACAGUUUGAAAGAGCACAGUGAUCCCAGUCUGAUCGCUAAACGGCGUGCUGAGGCUAAAGCCCAGCAAAAGUUGCUCAAGUUGCGCAAGAGGGAGGCGGAGAAGAGCGCCGCUCAGCUGACCUCUGCCGGGGAUACCGACUUGCCAUCGUAUGGUCUGCCUAAGCGAGCAUCGACCGGUUCCUUGCCCUCCAUGGCAGUGCCGCAGUCACCGUGUUACGCUGCCACUCCCGAGUACUAUGUCCGCCCGCAGCAGCAAAACGUGGCGGCGCCUACCGGGCCACUCGUGAGGAGAUCGGCCUCUUGCUCGAUGGUACAAACCCCGACUUUCCACGAGCCUAGAAUGUACCUGGAAGAGGAGCACUACGAGGACUAG